AUGAGUUUCGGUAAAUGGCCGAACCUGGCCCGAGCAGGACAAACUUUGCUUCUGCUCGAAGCCGGCACCGACCUCGGCGACAACAGGAACUACUCCGAAAUCAUCAACUUCAAUCUCGCGGGUAACGACGAAAAAUCUCGAUGGGACUUCUUUAUCAAGCAUUCGAACGACGAGGAGCGUGAAGCCAAGUACGAGAAGAUGACAUGGCGCAAGACUGACGGCUCCUUCUACGUCGGCCUCGAACCUCCCGAGGGUGCGAAGAGACUGGGCAUCUACUACCCUCGGGCCGCAACUUUGGGUGGGUGCGCCAUGCACAACGGUGGUGUAUGCACGCUGCCGGCUGACGAUGAGUGGGAUGCCAUCGCGGAGCUCACGGGCGACGACGGUUGGCUCACCAGCAACAUGCGCAAAUAUUUCGAGAAGAUGGAAGCGAACGAGUACCUCCCAGUUGGUACUGCCGAACACGGGUUCACCGGCUAUGUCAACACGACGAUCGGUGACCCGGCCUUCAUGGAACAAAGCUCUGACGUGCAAAAAAUUGCUAGCGAGAUCAUCAAGUUGACCGGAGGUGAUGCGGCGCGAGACAUCAACGCGUGUGAUCCAGAGCGAGAUCAAUCCACCGGAGUUUUUGGCCUCGUCAGCCACGCCGACAAGUUUGGGAAACGAGCUGGUACCAAUACGUAUAUCCGGAAAACUUUAGCCGACCCAGCCAAGUUCCCAUUGACGGAACCUACUGCGAUCGGUGUCGAGUUCCUCGAGGGACCUUACCAGUACGAGGCUGAUCCACGGUAUAACGGCACAAAAGGCGAGCUCGGCCAGGUCUUCGCCAACAAGGAAAUAAUCAUCUCCGGAGGGUCGUUCAACUCUCCACAGAUACUCAAGCUUAGCGGUAUCGGGCCCGCCGACGAACUGGAGAAGUUCGAUAUCCCCCUCGUGAAGGACCUGCCUGGGGUGGGCGAGAGACUGGCCGACAACUACGAGGCAAGUGUGCUGUCACUCGCAAGUAAGCCGCUGAACGGGUCGGCAGCACCGGUCGCUGUCCUCCUGAAGACGCCCACAGCUCGCAAGAAUAGGAACGUCCACGCCUGGUGCGCUUCCUUCUCCUUCGAAGGGUUUUACCCGGGUUUCCCAACCAACUAUGGCCCAGCUGAAUAUGAAAAUGCCGAGAUCAACCUCAACUUCUUCGAGGAGGGCGGCGACGAGGACCUGACGGAGAUAUCAGACGGCGUGAAGAAGGACUACAUUAAGUUGCAGGCGUACUCGCAUUACGCCACGAGUACAUGCGCCAUCGGCCCUGCCGAGGACAAGAUGGCUGUCUUGGACUCCAAGUUCAGGGUCCACGGGGUCAAGAACCUGCGCGUCGUUGAUGCUUCGGCCUUUCCGUCCGUCCCUGGCGCAUUUUCUGUAUGCCCUACCUUCAUGCUCGGCGAGAAAUCCUCCGCGGAUAUCCUUACGGAGGUUGCAACUGGUGCCCCGUCUUGA